CUUUCCGCCCGGCGCAUUCUCUUUUCCGUUACCGUAUUAAGUGGUAGAAAUUAGAAAAUAAACGUGAGUGAUAAUAAAAUGUGAAACUCUAUUACUUACGAUACCACAUCUAACUUGUUGCGUCACGUUAUAAGCCCCUCGACGUUACGUACUGUAAGCAUUUUUAAACUGCACUGCAUUUUGCAACUGCGACCUUUAACAAUGACAACUUCAACUGUGCGCUGCCGGCUGUGGAUAUACUGCAUCCUGUUUGUUCCGUUGGUACGUGUCGUACAUCUGCAGACCACUACCGUUGCUCCGGGAAGCGAGUUUUCCGUUGUUCCAAUAAGUUGCGCUGGUCUCAGACAAGAGCUUAUAAAGAUCCCGGUUCUACAAGAAGAGACUGGACAGUUCACUUACGUUUAUGGGUGUGAUGAAAUUCGGUCGGGAAACUGUAAAUUUCCCGGCGGAAGCUUAACACUGAAGAAGCCGUGUUCCUUACAAUGCUAUUGCACGCGAACCAUCACAGGACGCUAUCAAAUUGGCGACUGCUAUAAUACCUGCCGAAUGCCACCAGUUGGACAGAAGUGUUUCGUUAACGGAACGUCAUCGGAUGGAUGCUGUCCGAGUUAUUCCAGUUGCAUACCCAAUAUCAACGCACCGUUCGGCACAAUCCAACUGGACCGUCCAGUGCCAUUUCCUCCCUACAAAUCGCAGCGAUUCCGCUGUAUUCCCGGCGAUACACUGCCGCUGGAAGCCUGCCUGCUCUUUUUGAAACGGGAAGCACUGCCAAAAAUCAAAUUUGCCUACGGUAUUUACGCAAUCUGCCGAUGCAUCGCGGAAGACACCUUUGGUUUCACCGUAUCGGUGCCAAAUAUUCCCGACAUUCCGGUCCAGCGCUACUUGCUACUGCAACGCGGCACCGAGAUUCUCAAACAGCCAAUUAACGCAAUUCCGUAUACGCCACCGUAAAAUAAACUGGCAAUCUUAACGCGAGAUCUGGAAUGCACAUUUUGUAUUUUUUGUUUCAAUUUGUUGAUUGUUGCUGUUUCGUUUCCAUAUUUUAUUAGAGCUUAUUUGUUUUCGAAAUCAUACAGAAAAACAAAUGAAAACCCGAAAGAUUCUGAGAGGACAGCAACAACCCCAAACUGAGCUGGAAGGCAGAACUACUUCUGCAAU